AUGCCUGAUACACCUGGUGGUGUUUCUCUAUCUAAUGCAGUAUCACCAGUUGUACUUCUAUCACCAAUUGACUCUAACAAAAAAAUUAAUCGAUACGAGUCAGCUGCCAUUUUUGGUAUUCUUACUUUUGAAAUAUUAAAAGUUUUCGACGAAGUUUUACUUACUAUAAAUGAAACAUCAGCUGACGGUGUGCUUGUCAAAUUUGGCAAACGAAUUUUUGUUGUCAUUGUGCAGGGAUCUCGAUACUAUCCAGUGCUGGUUUCUUUACGUUUACAAAAUACUUUUAUUCGAUUUCUUGCUUUUACUUAUGUAAUUGGCAUAUUAGCAUAUACUGUUUAUCGCGAAAGUGUCUGUCUUGAUUUUAUGCCCAAUGUGGCGAAUUUGCAGGAACGAAAUAUAGCCCAGCUUCGUAUCCAACUUAGUGCUCGGUCUAUUAUUUAUGGAUUGUUUGCGAAUACGCCAUACUUCGCUUUACUUUCUUACAUUGUUGGAGAAUUUGGCAUACGUCUUAUGUUGGAUUCAUGUCGUGGAUAUCAACAGGAUCAUGGUUAG